AACACUGGCCAGAGUCACAGGCCGGGAACCCGGCAGCAUCAAUGUCCAUUCUGCCACAAGUCGUUUGGUAGAGUAGACGGAGCCCGAAGGCAUGCAAAAACUUGCCCCCAGAAGGGAAACCAACCCCUGCCGCCACUUGCCAGACGAGGCCGGAAGCUUCGGGCAUGCACCCAGUGCUCCCGGGUGAAAGUCCAGUGUGAUGGAAAGAAGCCUUGUGCGCGCUGUAGCUCAAGGAGCAUGGGUUGUUCAUACAAUUGGCUUUGCAGCGAUCCAUCUCAUCGUCAGUCACUGAUCGAACCCGUGGAUUCCAAGAAGCCAGCUUCCGGAAGAGAUGUAGACCUUAGAUUGCCUUUCCUGCUUAGGAACCUUGAUUCGACGACGCAGUUUGUAAAUGAGAGGGAUGCUGCCCGGCAGCCAGAAAGCAGCGUCGGCGGCCCUUCCACCAGAUUGUCAUCCGAGAGCAAUACAGGAGAACCUAUGGCUUUCAUUGACCCGGCGCUCCUCCUAUCCAGCUACAUUGACCCGUUCUUGGACACCUACUUGAAACUGGAUGGCGUGUACGAUGACUCUGGUCCUGGAGCCCCUGGAUCACCUGCGCCAAUCAUGUCGGGCGACACUCUCGAGCGUCGUCUAGACCUCCUUUCUUAUGAAUUGGAAACAUAUUCCUUGAGGAAACCGAAGCUGAGUGGCUCCUUCCAGCGCGAGUCCUUUCAGAGUCUAUUCACAAGUGAGAAUGUGCGAGGGUUCGUGAUAGCUUUCUCGCGCAAGAGGCAUUAUCAGCUCCCCAUCAUCCAUUGGCCAACAUUCGACAUUCUCAAGGCUCCCCUGCCUUUGCUUCUUUCGGUUGCGAUGAUGGGCGCGGCGUAUUCGCACACGCCUGGCGUUGAACCUGAUCCAGCCGUCCAAGCAAGAGCCUUCCACAGCAUUUCCGCCCCCUAUAUUUUCAGCAAAUUGCAAAAGCAAAUAGAUGCCGAUUCUGAGUCUGAGGACUUGCUAGAGUACUGCCAGGCAGCACUAUUGAUGAUUGGCAUCGGCACGUGGGUGAAAGAUCAGGAGAUUAGACGCACUUUUAUUUGCAAGUUUAGUCCUAAGCUUAUCAGGGUCAUAAGGGAUCAUCAUCUAGCCCAGAUCAGACACGAUGAUGAUGAAUCAUGGCCAUCCUUUAUUCGGAAGGAGCUGAAGAUCCGCCUCGCAUCGUGGUCGUUCUACGUCGACUGCCUGGCGACAUUGGCCACCAACCAUCCCCCUCUGCAGCUGCUCUCAGAAAUGCGCGGGCAGCCGCCAUGCAGCGCGAGAAUCUGGGAUGCUGAAACAGAAGAGGAUUUCGUCAAACGGAAAGCAGACGACGUGGCAUACUCCCAUUGUCUGGUCGACCAAAUGUCUGAAUUGAUGAGCGAUGACUGGGCCGAACCUCAACAUUUGAUUUGCAGCCAAAUCAGCCCAUAUCACUUACACGCGAUGUGCUGCGCUUUCAUGCCAAUCAUUUUUAAUCUUCACUCCUCGAAGUUUCCAGACAGUCAUUCCGCCGCUCUCUUCCGCGCGUUGGAUCGGUGGGAUUUUCUCUGGGCCAGUGCCAUGAAGCAAAUGCCAGAAGACCAGCGCAAGUGGCUGGGCGUGGUACGGAACUCUCCCGGCCUCAUCUGGGUCUCGCGGCAGAUCCUGAAGGUCGGCCAGACAAGCGAAGCCAAGAACUGGCGAUAUCUCCAGCGAAUCCCCAGUUAUACAACAGCGGAUGUCUUUGAGUUUGUCCGCAGUCUUGACGGCGAGCAGACCUAUCCGGUC